UCUGCUACAUCAUAACAUCACUAGAGAUUUCAACAUGUGCAGCAGCCAUGAGGACAGCAGCAGCUCUGAAGCUCCAGUCUCUGUUCUGGGAUCUGAACCACGUCCCUUUGUGGAGGAAAACGUCACCGUGAUUCUGUCUGUGAAACGAUGACCGUGUGUGAGCCGCGAGUCCCUGAACAGGAAACGAAUGUCUACUUCCUGUUCCAGAAAUGCUUUCCGGGCACAGUUAGCGUCACACUAUCGAGACUUUAGUUCAAAAUUCACAAACAGAUGACAGUAUUUUUUUAUGGAAGUUGGGCUUCGUACCAAUUAUUUGAACGUCUUUCGGGUUUCCUUAGAAGUCCCGCUCAACAGCGUACAGACGGUGGUUUUCCCGCCGCGCGCGCCACCGCAGCUAAAAACAAAGGGGCUAAGCUAGCCUAGCUUGGCCUCACGCGAGUCAACAAUGGCACGCGCGAGGACCAUCUUUGUCCACGCGCUCAGAGUGCAGCUGCUGUGGCUCCUGCGCUGCCAGCUCGCGCGCCCGUGCGAGCAGAGGAGCAGCUCCGACACGUCCGUGCUCUGCAGGGCCUGCGGACAGGAGCUGGCCUCCGGGGCCGACAUCCGCUUCGUCCCCAGCCGGCUGGCCCUGUCCACGCGCAACGACACGCUGGUGAACGGGCGGCGGGUGAACGUGCAGCUGUUCGAGAACCCCCACGGGGUCCAGUUCGAGGUGGUGACGUUCAGAAAGGCAGACGUCACCCAACACUGGCCGGCGGACGAGCGCUUCUCCUGGUUCCCCGGGUUCUCGUGGACUGUGGCCACGUGCCCCAGGUGUAGGUCUCAUGUAGGCUGGGCCUUCCAGCCGGCGGAACGGACAGACACAAAGUCUGAGGAGUCCAGCACCUUUGUGGCUUUGAUCGCACAGCAAAUCCUGACUGAAGAGUUCGCUUCAAGUCUCCUCAUGACACCCAAGUCUUUUGUGAGCUGACGCGUCCAAACCCAAGUCAGCUUUGGGUGUGACCACCGACAUUCAGACCUGCAGUGGGACACGGCCAGCCCACCUCACAAGAGACACGACAGCAGGGGCCACAUGUACGAGCCUUUUGUUCAGUUUUGUUCUUUAUUAAAAAUGUCAUUUCAAA